AUGACCUGUCCUGUUGAUUCAGGACUGAUGGUCGUGCCGAUGAUUCUCCUCGAUAGACACAUACCUAUAAACGCUACGAACGAGAUGAAAGAAUUAGCACAAAAAGCCUUUGAUCAAUGGGAAUCUGUUUCAAAUUUAAAGUUUGAGUACUGGCAUAGCCAGCCCAGCGCCGUAGGCGAGUACAAUAGUGUUAAACCGGACAUACUUAUUUCAUUUUCUAAUACGCUGUUUCAACAUAAUCAUAAUUCACGGUGUCAAAAAGGAAUAUGUUCUAGCAGUUUUGACGGAAAAGGUAAUGUCUUAGCACAUGGCUUCUUUCCAAAUAAUGAUGAAUGUCUAGGAAUUCAUUUUGAUAAAUCAGAAAAUUGGUAUUUUGGUGAAUCAAGUAAUACACCUGAUGAUCAAACUAAUUUUUGUACAGUAUUAUUACACGAAAUCGGACAUACAUUAGGUAUUGAGCACUCUGCCAAUAAUAAUUCAAUUAUGUACGCGUAUUAUAAAGGUGAUAUUGAUAAAUUAACUCGAGACGAUAUGUGGGCAAUUCAAUAUUUAUAUGGAAGACCUGAACGAUUAAAAUAUGAAUCAAUACCAACUACAACUACCACAACUACUACAUCUAACACAACUAAAAAACCUAUUACUUUGACUCCUAGAAAGACUGAUUCAUUACCUGAUUUAUGCAGCUUAAGUGAAACUAUUAACACAUUUUUAACAGCAAAUCAUAAAUUAUAUAUUUUCUACAAGAAAUAUGUCUGGAUUGUUAAUUUAAAAGACAUGAGCUAUGAUAAUAAACCAAAAUUAAUUACAGAUUAUUUAACUUUUUUACCAGAUAAUUUUCAAGAAAUAUCACAAAUUUAUCAGAGACCAGAUGGAACUAUUUUGUUAACAACAAACAACUUAUAUUAUAUUAUUGAUUUUCCUAAUUUCGUUGUUAAAAACGGUUAUAAUGGAAGAUCUAUCACAAGUUUGGGUGUUCCUAGUGGAAAGAAAAUUAAUGCAAUAUUUAGUACUUAUUCUGGUCAAACUUAUAUAUUUUAUGACAACACAAUGUUUAUACAAUUUGAUGAAUGUCUGCUUAGACCUAAGAAACAUGGUAUGAUAGCUGAAUUGUUUUCUAGUAUUCCUUCUAAUGUUGAUAAAGCCUUUAGAUAUAUUAAUGGAAAAAUUUAUUUCUUUAAAGACAAUAAUUACUACGAGUAUCAUGAAUUUUUGCAAACGACAAAAUCGUAUAAAUUUGAUUUAUCUAUUUUUGGAAUUAAAUGUAGUAUUAUAGACAAGAUUAUGAUUUUACUAAAUAAACUUAAAUAAUUUUCAAUAUAAAUGGAUAACAAAAUAACUUUAAUUUUAAAAGAGAACGGUAAACCUUAUCUUUGUUGUCAAGUAAACGGCAAAGAAACUAAAAUUGAUCUAACAGAAAACGAAGAACUUGAACUACAUCU